CGCUGCUUUCAUCUUGACAAAAGCCUCCCGGCAAACGUUGCUUGUUGCACAUAUAAAUAAUGCCCGCGGUGUCCUUACCUCAGCCUCUCAGAAGCAAACUGCAUCUUGUUCCUAUCGAAACGUCGUUCUCGCUUACAAAUUGCACGCCAGACCACAAACAGCCUGAUUUGCCUCAGGCAAAGGAAACAACGGACCAGGAGAAGAGCUACCGUGUGCCGUGGAGCGAAAGUGCUCCUGUCGAAGCUGAGUUCGAAGUCAACGACCGUGUCCGUACGGUCGACAGCAGCGGCAGGCCGCAGUACUGUAAGGUCUCUAAACGCGAGUACAGGAACGGCUUUUGGAGGUACAAGCUGAAGAUCGAGUCGACCGGCAGACCGUACAGCAAUGGGGCGUGGAUCAAGGAAGGAGACGUUACUAGUAACGAGGGAGCUCCAGUCCACGUGGUGGAACCUGCAAGCCACCAAUACUUUUACGAGAUGUCGGACGAUGCUAUCAAGUCCAAAAUUCAUGAGAAGCCCGAUGAGCCUCUGUCGCCAGAUAGUGCAAAUACACCAGGCGAUGUCGAGUCCGGAAAGCUUUCAGAGCGGAAGAACAUGUGGCUGCUCCGUAUUCUCUUGAAGAGCUCGGCCGACGGUGAUCGACAAUUGCGGCCACCGGAUCAGUAUACGUCAUUGCCAAUACCUUUGAACCACAGCUCCAAAGGCUAUGAUCAGGUAGCUGUGUUCCAAGCCAGCGACCGGAACUUCUUGCAAUACCGCGGCUUUGGGGUUCUACACUGUCGGGUAUUGUCAGUGCUGGAGAACGAACUGAGUCUCCUAGGUCUGGGACUGGAGAAGCACAAUGCCUGGGAUCGAGGCCACGGUAAGGAUGCCAAGCUGGAGAACCAAUGGAGGGAUGAAAUUCAGUCGCCAAAGGACUUCGCAGCAGGGUUCUAUCCGCCUGACAUAAAAUGCACUCAUCCAGAUCUCCUGCGCAAACUGUGCAGCAAGUUGAUUCAGUACGAUGAGUUACUGCUCAAAACUAAAGAAACCAUGGCUUUGCAACGACCGGCCAAUCGGGACUAUGAGACCGUUCGCACGUGGUUCCGCGACCAUGAGCCAGUCAUACAGAAGGAAGCAGCUUUUAUUCGUUGGAAAGAAGACAUCGUCACUCUUCGUAAUAGGCGGGAGAGCUCAGGCUUCGACGGAUUCAUCGAACAUUGUCUUUCCGGACUCGAUGGCUUUCGUCGCAAGUGCUUCGGGCGGAGCUGGAUUCAGAAUAUGUCCCUGACGGCGGAACUGCGCAAGAAGUGCACAGAUGGCGAUAUCCACUAUUUCUCGCCAGCCCGGGUCGAUGCGCUCGUCAACAUCAUUAUCACUAUUGCAGUAUUUGCCUUGCCCGUGUUGCCUGUUGUAAUCCUGUACAAAGUCAUGAACAUGGGCCGCCGGCAGAGUCCGCUAGAUGCGAUUGGCGUGUUGAUCGUGUUGAUAUUCGGCAUGGCGAUCUCGUCGCUAACCACUGCGAAAAGGGCUGAGCUCUUUGGCGCAUCGGCGGCUUAUUGUGGCAUCCUUGUGGUGUUUCUCGGAAACACUGGGAUCAAUCAGUAAAGAUCGUGGCCGGUCAUGGUCGGUAGAGCAGCGAUGAGUAGUGAGACGUCCAGCGGAGUUGUGUGUACCGAGCCUAGCCCCUUGACUACCCGGGUAGGACAUCUGGGCUGCAGUGGAGCACUACAUGGAGCAAUUGUA